AUGAAGACAUUUAAUUUCUGUGCCUUGUUACUUUGUUGGAAAACUGUUUGUUGUAAUCUCUGUGAGCUGUCCAACGUCACAAUAGUGCUGGAAAAUGAAGAGUGUGGCUUCUGCAUCAGUGUGAAUGCAACUUGGUGUUCUGGUUACUGUUUCACAAAGGAUCCAGUCGAUAAGGAGCUUCUGAAGAAAAACAUCCAGAGAGUCUGCACCUUCAGGGCUGUUGUGUAUGAGACUGUAAAGAUCCCUGGCUGUGCUGGCCAUGCAGAAUCCUUUUAUUCCUAUCCAGUGGCAACAGGGUGUCACUGCGAGACUUGUGACACGGAUGUCACUGACUGCACUCGGAGAGGCUUGGAGCCAAAUUAUUGUUCUUUUGGUCAAGAUCAGAUCAGGGAGUGA